AUGGAUGAGUCUCCAGCAGCCUAUUUAGAAAGGCUUCUUGAUGCUUACCAUACUUAUACUCCUAUAGAUCCAGAGGCUCAGGAAAAUAAAAAGGCAAUUAAUGUAGCAUUUGUGGGACAGGCACCUCCAGACAUUAGAAGAAAGAUUCAGAAAAUUGAAGGGUUUGAAGGAAAAAAUUUGUCAGAGUUAGUGGAGAUUGCCACCAGAGUUUUUGACAACAGGGAUUCUGCAGAAGAGAGACAGAGCCUCCUAAAAGUGGAGGGAAAACCAGUCAGAUUCUUAGUGGACACUGGAGCAGACAUGUUAGUUUUAAAGCAGGCCUUAGGGCCGAUGACCAACCAAAAGACAAAAGUACGGGGGGGGGGGGGCACGGGAUCUAAAAGUUAUCAAUGGACUACAAGUCGAAAAGUGGACUUGGGCAAAGGAACUGUGACCCAUUCCUUUUUAGUAAUGCCUGAGUGUUCAUACCCCUUGUUGGGGAGAGACCUAUUACACAAAUUGGGAGCACAAAUCAAGUUUGAGGCGACGCAGAUUAAAGUUGACUUGAAACCCCCACAAGAGAAUCAGAUCCUAGAGCUAUCACUGCCAAUAGCCCAAGAAUAUGUUCUGCACCAGGCCAAUGAAAACAGUUGCCCUCUCAAACUCCUCAAGGAGCUCCAAGAGAGCUUUCCCCAAGUGUGGGCAGAAACCAACCCACCAGGCCUGGCUGUCCAUCAGAGCCCAGUUCUGGUCCAGCUGAGGGCUUCUGCUGAACCUGUGAGAGUGAGACAGUACUCCAUGGCCCCAGAAGCAAGAGAGGGGAUCAGGGUCCAUAUCAACCACCUCCUACAAAUGGGGAUACUGGUCCCGUGCCAGUCGCCUUGGAAUACAUCACUUCUUCCUGUAAAGAAGGCAGAGACAGGCGACUAUAGGCCAGUGCAAGACUUGAGAGAAGUAAACAAGAGGUUUGAAGACAUUCACCCAACUGUACCUAACCCAUAUACUCUGCUCAGCAUGCUUGACCCCAAGAAACAGGUUUAUACAGUCCUAGACCUGAAGGACUCCUUCUUCAGCAUCCCGCUGGGGAAGGCCAGUCAGCCCCUAUUUGCCUUCAAGUGGGCAGAUCCGGAGAAUGGAUAUCAAGGACAACUGACCUGGACCAGGCUGCCUCAAGGGUUCAAGAACUCCCCCACCAUUUUUGAUGAGGCACUGCACACAGACCUCUGUGAGUACUGACUGUCUUUCCCCUAGGUUUCCUUGCUACAAUAUGUGGAUGAUUUGUUGAUAGCUGCAGAAACAGAGGAGAUCUGCUUACAAGCGACUGAAGGGCUCCUAAAGGCACUACAGGAACUUGGCUACCGGGUCUCAGCAAAGGAGGCCCAGCUGUGCACCAAGAAAGCCACAUAUCUCGGGUAUGGUCUUGAAGGGGGACUCAGGACCUUGUUGAGCUCCAGGAAACAAGCAAUCAUGCAGAUCCCCACUCCCAAGACUAAGAGGCAAACAGUGCUGCAUGACUGUGCAGAGGUUGUGGCCCAUGUCCACAGCAUUCGACCAGACCUCACAUACAACCCACUACCAGACGUGAAAAAGACCAUGUUCACUGAUGGGAGCAGCUACGUGAUGGACGGAGUGAGGCUAGCGGGAGCAGUGGUCGUGGAAGGGGACCAGGUCAUCUGGGCUGAGCCGUUACCAGUGAGCACCUCAGCACAAAAAGCUGAGCUCAUUGCCCUAACCCAAGCUCUGAUGCUGGGAAAGGACAAGAAGGUCAACAUCUAUAUGGACAGCAGGUAA